AUGGCUAGGGGCUCGGAGUUAGCGCCUCUGCUACUACUGCUGCUGCUGGCGGUGGUGACCCGCUUUUGCGUGGCACAGACCGACUGUAAGUGUCCCACCAACAAGAUGACCGUCUGCCGCUCUGAGAGCCCAGGUGGCGUCUGCCAAUGCCGGGCAAUUGGCUCACAGGUGUUGGUCAACUGUUCCACGCUGACUUCCAAGUGCCUGCUGCUCAAGGCGCGCAUGAGCGCCCAGAAGAGCGGCCGCACCCUGGUGAAGCCUAGCGAGCAUGCGAUCGUAGACAACGAUGGCCUCUACGACCCAGAGUGCGACGACAAAGGUCACUUUAAGGCACGCCAGUGCAACCAGACCUCGGUGUGCUGGUGUGUAAACUCAGUGGGUGUGCGCCGCACGGACAAGGGCGACCUGAGCCUGCGCUGCGACGAACUGGUGCGCACCCACCACAUCCUCAUUGAAUUAAGCCACCGACGGACCAACAGAGCCUUCAACCACUCUGACUUGGACUCUGAGCUGCGGCGGCUCUUCAAGGAGCGCUACCAGCUGCGCCCCAACUUUCUGUCAGCAGUGCACUACGAGGAACCCACCAUCCAGAUAGAGCUGCGGCAGAACGCAUCGCAGAAGAGCCUGGGAGACGUGGACAUCGCUGACGCCGCCUACUACUUCGAGAGGGACAUCAAAGGCGAGUCGCUUUUCACUGGUCUCCGCGGCCUGGAUGUGCAGGUGCGUGGGGAGCCCCUGCACGUGGAGCGGACUCUCAUCUACUACUUGGACGAGAAGCCCCCCCAGUUCUCCAUGAAGCGCCUCACCGCUGGUCUCAUCGCUGUCAUUGUUGUGGUUGUGUUGGCGCUAGUGGCUGGCGUGGUCGUCUUGGUGAUCACCAAUCGGAGAAAGUCAGGAAAGUACAGAAAGGUGGAGCUAAAGGAGCUGGGGGAGAUGAGAAGCGAACCUAGCUUGUAG